AUGCGUGUCACACAGGAUAUCAGACUGAAAGUUAUUGCUGGCGCAAAGUUAUGUGCUCGUGGUGGUAUCAUAAAGAGCAGACAUGAAGCCGAAUCGUACACCGGCCGAAGAACGAAAGCUGCCAGCCAUGAAGCGAGCCAUGUUUGUCUGGAAAGCGUGCAAAGGCGGUAG